ACAAGUGAGCGUAAAUAAAACAUACAAACACUGAUAGUUUGGUGGCUGGUUGUAUAGUUUUUACAGCCUAUUAAGUUAACGCCAAUGAAAAGCUGUCCAUAAUAUACUUCAAGCCGAUUAGUCUUUUGAAUUCAACCCAUUUUGUGCUAAUUGUCUAAGCAUGGGUGGAUGCCGAUGUACAUUUCGUGAAUGUGAAAAUGGAACUUCUAACCGGAAGGAGCUGCACUACUUUCGGUUUCCCGUGCGUGAUCCGGAACGGUUGCAGAAAUGGGCAAAGAACGCGAACCGGUUAGAGUUUUUAAAUCUACCAACCGACAAGAUUUGCAACAAGGUUGUGUGCCAGGAGCAUUUCGAGCGCAAAAUGUUUAUGAAUGAACUGCGUGAAAGCCUCACGAAGCUGGCUAUACCUCGGUUGAUGCUGAAACCGGACGGCACUAUAUUUAAUGUGGAAACGGGUGUGGAAUACGACGACAAAUCGAUAAAAGAUCGGACUUUAGAAUCUGUGCAUCCGUCUACUGCGCAAACCACGAUGACGACCGAGCGAAUACAAACACGAAGAAGUCCAGCGGCAGAGCCUCCGAUUAAGAAAAUAAAAAUACUAAACUCGGAAACCAUGAUUCGCCACAAAGCAACCACGCCUUGUGAAGUGAUUCGGAUUAAAACCGAGCCGAAAGGAACAAAGCGUUUGCUGCAACUGUUGAACAAGAGAGUCAGUUCGACGCACCAUAAACCGUGCUCAAUGAAAGCAAAAGCAACGAUCAUUAGCGAUGAAAAUGGCGAACCUACGUUUGUCGAUGAAGACGAUCUGGAUGUUUACAUCCAUGACGAGAUACCCUCCGACGAACCAGGGGAACCGUCGUCUUCUGUGAACAAUCAGCAUGACAUACCAAUUUCCACCAUUGGCAGCGUUGUAAUGCCCACUCCCACACCCAUUACGGUGCCCGUCCUUGAUCCAGCAUUAUCGGAAAAAAUGGAUCGGAAUCUACAAGAGAUAUCAGAUCUCAAGACUCUUGUGCUAGAUCUCACGAAUCGUCCAGAACCACAGCCUAUAAUUCUUCCAGCUGCCUGUCCGGCAAAGGUGGUCAUGGAAAAAGGUCCGCAGCUCAACAAGGCCCAGCUGUUCAACAACAUUAAACGAUACCUCAACCCGACGAUGGUCACGCUGCUGCGGAUGGAGCUGUUUGCCGGAUCUACCGAACGUCAAUGGAAAACAGAUGAGAAGAGUCUUGCGGUCGACAUGAUCAAUUUAGGCGAGCAAGUGUACGAUCACUUUAAGGAAGAAUUCCGUUUCCGUUUACCGUCGAAAAGUGAAGUUGAAGAAUGGAAGGAAUCGGGAGAAAUCGAUGCCGACGAUGCAUGCUAAUGGUAGCAGUGGAUGUGCGUAUAAUUUUAGGUGAUAAUAUAAUUAGCAUCAUUUU